CUUGCACAGUUAGUUAGCGGUUAAUAGUGUCGUGCGUGACGAACCAAGCGUGAAUGUGAUACACACUCGACUCCUCCCACCCAGUAUUUGGCCGGCCCAGAUCACACAAAAAAGUGACAGAGUAGAAGCAAUGAAAUGCGUUGCAGUUGCCAAAAAGGUCUCUCUCUUCUUUCUCACGUUGUCUCUCAUUGGAUGGAUCGUCUUCCUCGUGGGAACGUGCCGUAUUGUCAAAGUGCUGGUGGACGCUGACAUAAGUGUUUUUACGUUCUAUUUUUCAUCCAUUUGGGCAGAAGUGGUUGUUGGACUCGUCGUUUUUUGUCUGCCUUUCGCCUACACACUUACCGGGGGCAUGUGCAGCUACGUUCUUGGUAGCAUUACUGCUUUCCUGGCUGUUCUAUUCAUAGUUGUGAUUACUGCCAAUAGAACAGCUGUUGCUUAUGUCAUUGUUCUUCUAGACUAUUCUGGCCAUACUGUGGAUAUAACCGCUAUCCACACUGAUGUCCACCAGAGCCUUCUAAUGAUGUUUUUCGGAGGUAUCGCGACUACCUUUUUCUGGGCUAUUUACCAAACCAUCUGGCCUUGGUUCAUGACGGAAUCAAGAACACACACAACUGAGACUGACACUGACAUUUAUUCCACAGCAUAAAAAAAUUACUGUUUUUGUGUAUGUGAAAACUGUCACAGUGGUCAAGGGCCACCUUUUUCUUUACUGUAUUAACUAGCUACAUCAGGGAUGUCGUUUGGUGCGUGUUUUUAUUAUGAGUUCAAACUACUGGAAAUCUGGUUUCUUGUUAAUAUGCUUUCCAGAUUCUCUGCAGAA